AUGGCAAUAACAACUCCCCAUUUGGACCACCACCCGGUUCUGGCUCUGGGUCUGGUUCAGGCUCUGGCUCAAGCCCCUUUGGACCACCGCCUGGUUCUGGUUCUGACUCUGGCUCUGGCUCUGGCUCUGGCUCAAGCCCCUUUGGACCACCGCCUGGUUCUGGUUCAGGCUCAGGCUCUGGUUCAGGCUCUAUAUGUCCAUCUCCAUGGAAAGGAACGCCAAACGGGAAUCCAGUUACCACGACCACAUGAUGGAAAGCUCUAUAAAACCUCCAGUGGAGACUAUAUGUACAUUCAGUGCUGCACGGAUAGGAAUAAUGGACUCCUUCUUGGCGCGGACACUGUAGCCGACUUCGGCGAAUGUAUGGAUCUUUGCAUGAAGGAUAAAACCGGCCAGUGUCGAAGUGUUACAUUUACUUCGGGUCCAACAGGUCGUGCGAACUCUAUAAAUUGUGCUCUUUGGGCGCAUGGAGGAUUCUCACCGGAUGAAAGUUUCGAUGAGGGCCAUCACGCUUACUUCGUCGAGGCUCCUUAUGUGGAUCAGCCUGACGAUGAUAUUGAGCUUUGCUCGACUCAAUGCCCUGGUGCACACAACCAAGUGUUCACUUCACAGUACGGCGAGACCUUCCUUAUGAUCUGUGGCAAGAGACAUGGUACCCCAGGCGUGUCACAAUUUGUGGACUCCUACGAACAGUGUAUUGACACCUGUGGUCUGGUCGGACAGUGCAAGAGUGUUGACUACCAUCAUCGAACGGGAAGCUGUACCUUCGGUGACCACGGUGGUGAGCCCUUGAUUGACGCUCCCGGGUACGCUAGUGCAUGGUCUAUGGGUUGUUCCGGAGCCUGCAAGAAAUACCCUAAACCACCCCCACCGGCCGAUGAGAAGCACUGCCCUGGCCCUGGUGGGUAUCAUAUGGGCAACUGGGCAGUCGAUGGCCAGCCGUGGCUGACUCGAUGUUCCACGUACAUGUAUAACACUAAGCAUGGAAACAGUUAUAUCCUGGAUGCUGCUGCAACUUCUGUGGAAGAGUGUAUGAAGAAGUGCCAGGAUGAUUCACCAAGAUGUGUAUGGGGAUCCUUCAACUUUGCGUCUGGCGAGUGCACGGGCUUCCCAGGGCACUGGGAUACGAUUGAAACUCAAACUGAUGGAAAAGUCACGGAGCAUGUAAACUUCGGCCGACAUCCGUCAUCACCUGGAAUGGCACCGGCACCCUAG